UUUCCUUAGGAAAAUUUUAUAGAGACAAUGGCGGCUAGGGCAUCAAUCACAGUAGCAGUGCUGAUGUUCUUCUUUUUGAUGCACGGCGAGGCUGACGUAACAAGGUAUAUCCUCGGCGAUGAUUUAGGUUGGACCAACAUCGUAAGCAUGGAAACUUGGCCAGAAGGCAAAACCUUCUAUACCGGCGACAUCCUCGAAUUCCAUUAUGACCAGUAUUCAUACGAUGUGGCCAUCGUAAAUCAGACGGGGCAUGACUCAUGCACUGUGAACGAAGGGGCAAAGGUAUUUAAAACCGGAAACGACGAAUCCCGCUUGUGUUUGGAACGAAUUAAUGCAUCUGCAGCAAUGCUCUUGACUGUUCUCUCAGCAUGAAGAUGGCCAUUGAUGCCAAAGCUCGCCCCUCCGAAUGAAAUUAACAUCCAUUA